CGGCACUGGUCAUUCACAUACGCAUUAAGUUUCAGUUCGAGAAAGGUGUAGUGGAAAGUGCGAGAUUUUAAUUUAAAGUUGAAAAUGUCUUCUCAAAGAUACACAAAAGCCCUGCUAUCUGGUGCCACCGCUUUUAGAAGUGUUGCUCGUCAGCAGGUGCGACACAACAGCCAGGUUUGCAUGCACAGCCGCAGCUUGAGCUUGGCCGCAGCAGCUAGGAAUCAGCUGGCCGUCUUGGAAGCUCCUCUUCCCGGCACCGGGGUGGUAGCAGCUGUCACGGGAGACAAGUCACUGCGAAUCAAGUUCAGUGACGGCAGUGCCAGGGAGGUGCCGUACACGUGGCUGCGAGACAACUGCCGGUGCCACGCUUGCUCUGGCACUCUCGCCUCGGGCAACUUGCACUCCGAAGUUUACCCCGAGAUCAUCCAGAGCAAUGAGUUCGGGGUCGUGGUGGACUGGAGCGACGGCCACAUCAGCAAGUAUUCCGGCCUGUGGCUUCAUGACCACACACUCAUGUCUCCUCCACGAACACUUAACCGCAUCCUCCACGCGGUGUGAAGAGCUCGCCCCGCCCGGANAUAAACAAAU